AUGAACACAGUGAUACAGAAACAACAAGCUGGAGGUUUCGACAAUAGUGUUUAUAGUGUGCAACACGUGGUGCAGUACCUGAUCGUGGUGACGUGCUACGCGAGCGUGUACACGCUGGUGCUGAUGUCGUUCGACCGCUACCUGGCCGUGGUGCACCCCGUGUCGUCCAUGGGGCUGCGCACCCAGCGGCACGCGCUGUCCGCCAUCGCCGUCACCUGGGUCGUCAUCCUGGCGGCGUGCGCGCCCGUCUACACCAGCCACGGCGUCGUCGGCUACGACUUCGAGAAGAUACACCACACCGCCUGCGUCUUCCUAGAGGCCACGCACAACAAGCCCGCCUUCCAGGUAAACACCUAUGUUCCUGUCUGAGUCCGCAGGUGAAAUUACACUAUAUAGUCAGUUUUAUUAUUAUUAGUAGUAGUAAUAGUAGUAGUAGUAGUAGUA